GUGAAUUUAUGGAAUGAAAUGAGAAGCGGGCGGCGAUAGGUAUCGAUCGCGCCGGCGCCGGCGCUCUAAUGCGCCGCCGUCGGUGCUGUCAGUGUCGAGUGAGAAACGGCCGGUGCCACAGCUUCGGCCCGGGCGGGGAGGACGUCGACGACUGUGACCAUCAUCACACCGCAUUUACCUCUUCGUGUAAAGAUGGCGGCCCUACGUUUCGUAGUUUCAUGUGUUAAAGUUUCGGUCACGCGACAAGUGUCUUAGAGUGAGUGAUGUGAGAUGUCUAGGAGGCCCUCCUGCACCUCCUCCAGUACCUCGUUCUUCUAUGCCGGCGGUAAGCAUGCAGCAUGAGCGAGGAUUGUGGGGGGCCCGCUUGGAGUUUGGAGCAGCCUUCUUGUAGCCGGGAGCCUCGGAGGCACACCGUCGUCGAUCCCGGGGGCACUCGGAGCCGCGAGGGGGGGCACUCCGGCCGCCCGCAGCGAUGCUCCCGGCUCCCGUAGCUGCUGACGCCGUCGCCGCCACCGCACCCUGUCCCGCAGAAUGCCCCGGGCCCCUCGAUCGGGCCGCCUGUCAUCGCUGCUCCUGAUGGCCGGCCUGGCGUUCGCCGCCACCUUCACCUCUGUCACCAGCUCAUCGUCACCGCUCUCCAAACACGACGACGACGACGUCUCCUCCGUUGUCGUUGACGGUGUUGACGUUGUUGGCGCUUUUCCGACGUGGUCACUUUCAUCAUCUAAUUCUAAUUAUUGCAGCAAUUCUGCCCACGACGACACGAAUUUCUGUCCGCCGCCCUGUCAAACCUCAGACAGAUCUAAACAGUGCCUUCAUUACUUGCAAGAUUCGCACAAAGAGGAAGUCUGCGGCGGAGACGUGCCGCCCCAGCGCAGGCGUGACGUGCUGCACCGACUCCGGAUGCCCCACUGCUGUGAACACGCUGUCGACAAGGCGCUCCCCGAAGACGCCUUCCACGGGGACUCUAACACCUGCCAUCGACUUCUUACCAGACUCAUCGAAGUUGAUAACUUUGCCAGGAUUCUAUCCUGCAACCACGCUGAUCUACUCACUCGCUAUGAUUGUUCUCAGAAUUAUUCCAUCGUUCACAACUGCAAAGACUGCAAGGAAGCAUACCGGCGAUGGGUAUGCAGUUCCCUGGUGCCUCAUUACACACGUUCUGGCGAGCGUAUGCGACCGUGCCUGCGUGUGUGUCAAAACGUCGAACAACAGUGUCCGUACCUACUGCCGGAUCAAACUGUGUCUCCUGGAGAGGCGGCCCACCCGACACCACAAUAUGCCGGAGAACCGACCUUUCUCUGCCUUGAUCCUAAUAUUCCUGAAACCGGCGAACAGAGACUGAAAUCUUCUCGAGGGGAAGAAGACUGUUGUUACAGCUAUUGUUUAUCAGCGGGCAGGGGUACAGAGAAGCAGCAACUUCAAGCAGAAGACAUCAAAAGAGAUAACGGACGACGACACAGAGACAUCCUAAACGUUUGCGAGCACUGUCCAGGGCGGCCUCCAAACUCUUCGAACCCCUAUAAAGGGGGCUCUUCCCCACGGACAUUUAACAAAGUGUUUCUCCUAUGGACAGCAUGGAUAAUAUUUUUACAGACAGAAAGACUUGUUUCUUUGUUGGUUAUGUGCGAAUACGGUAUUCGGACGAUGAUCUACUUAUCGAGAGUAUGGAGACAUUCGUGCUCAUAGAAUUUGUAGAAGUUUUAGGAGAUAUGUGUUCUAAUACUGGAGGGCUCAAACAGGUCUGUCUGUGGUCAUGCAUGUUGCUCAAUUUUUCCAGUAACACACCUUACGAUCUACGGUGGCUGGUUUAGACGAUAUGCUUCCUAGAUCCAUUGCUUGAAUUAGAAAUACAUAUUUUAAAAUGAAAAAUGGUACCGUGAGGUUGUGAAGUCUGAAUUGGUUAGAUUUUAACAACGGUUGUUUCUUUGUGUCAAUCUGAACGUGUUCCAUUUAUGAUAUUUUUUAUUAUUUUGAUGCAAUAUUCGGUAAGUAUUUGAAGAAAAGUCUUUUAUGGUAUUGUCUUCUUAGAUGACAGAUUAAUAUGUAGUAUUUUGCUGUUGAUGAUAGAAAAACAAAUAUUAAAUAGUCAAUUUAGAAGGUACCAGAGUACUUACAGAUUGUUGCCGUUCUUUAUUUAAAGGAGAUAUUUUUUCUUAACUUCCAGACAUGUUUAGAAGUUUGUUAUAAAAAUGUUUAUCAAAAAAAAUGUAAAUAUGGUUGUAUGAAAAAACAUUUUAAAAACUAAACAUCCCAACUACAUAUCUGAAAUAAGUGUCAUAAUUCAUUUACGACAAAUUUAAAAUUAUAUUUUAUGGGAUUGAGCAAUGGAUCUAGGAGUAGUUUAAAGAUUAUGAUAUUGCAAUAAUCGUAAUACGAUAAUUAAAUUUACUUUUAUCGUAAAAAAGUGUUCAAAUGAAAUAAAACGUAUAGUUUUAACCAGAUACUUUUAAUAACCGUACGUAUAUCUAUACAUUGAGAUGAAAAUUUAAAUUAUCGUCGACAGGAUAAUUUUAUGUAAAAGGGUAUAUGCCAUAUUUUUAACAUGAAUAAUAAUGAACGAACUGUUAAAUUUUUGAAAAUAUAUGCUGUUCUGAUCCUAAACAAUAUACAAAAAUUUAUUUUAAAACGAAAAAAUUUUUCUAUAAUAAUGAUUAUUUGUUCAGGAUCAGGCAGAUCUGCAAAGUGAAAUGCCUUAAUAAAAAAUGAUUGCAUUUAAAUCUGUAGUUUUCCAAUGAGAUGAAAUAUAUGGAGAUCGGCAAAAGAAAAUUCUUAAUUUGAUAUAGAACAAAAUACUUUCUACUAUAAUUGUUUAUCAGUGCUUCGGUUGACAUAGAUCCAAAUUGUUUGAAAAUACUACAUUUGAUGUUUUAUCAGAAACCUAAAUGCAUAAAAUUUCACAUGCAUCAAUAAUUAUGUGGGGUGUUCCCGAGUUUUUAUGGUUUUAUAACAUUGGAAUAUUACGGAAAUUUUGCAAUAAUAAGGUUGGGUUCGUAUUUAUACAGAAAUGUAAAAUAUAAUAAAAAGGUAUUCUCUUCACUAUACCAACCUGUCGAUAUAUCCUUUGAAAAAAUAAGAAUAUCAUUCAAUAAAAUAUAAAAUGCGCACAAUACAUUUUCAUUAAUUUCUAAGAUUUCACUGUGUGUACUUAACUCGUUUUAUAUUUUUGUAUAAAACGUUCUUUCUAUUACAAAUUGUUGUUAAAUAUGUAAUUAAACAUUAUAUCUAUGUGAUUUAAAAAAUCCACACGACCAUUUUAUACUAGCAAUGCAUUACGAAAAAUAGAAUGGAUGAUUUUCACUAUUGAGUUUAAAAUUUAUCGUUUUGUAGCCGAUGCUUUACAGACUAACAACGUAUAUUUAUAAUUAAUAUCAUCUGAUAAUAAAGUAAACCUAAUCAAUCUAGUAAGUAUGUAAAUACAACCUUUCAAAACACGUCUACAUUAUAUAUUAUGUGAAUAAACAUAUUACCAAAGCAAAGGUACAACGAGAUUAGUAUAAUUAAGUAGAUAGAAUAUUUUUAGAUAUUGUUAAAGUAUAUAUUGAAAAUGCCGCAAUAAAUCUGUCUCACUUGAGAGAAACGAAAACUGUUUAUUAUAUACACCCCACUUUAUACUGAAUUAUUAUUUCGAAAACAAUAAAUAUAAAUUUUAAUGAUCCUCUAUUCUUAUGGAAAAUUUCAUCAAUAAUGGAUAGGAGAUACGACAAAUACAGUUAGUUAUAUAAUGUUCGAUCGGAGUAGUACAAAUAGGCAUUUUCCAAUAAUUAUUUGACUAGUUCUAUAAAGAGGAGAUCAUAAAUCAAAACAGCAACACAGAAAUAUGUAAGUUAAUAUCGGUAAAUAAACAAGCAUUACUUAAAACCUAAAACCUAUAGUUUUCCAUGAAACUAUGAACAACCACAUAUAAGAAAUUUGUUCAAAGCCCCAAGAAUAUUGUCUACCUCAUUAUUUAUUUAUUCAUUAACUAUAAUACAUGUUACAGACUUUGUAGAAAUAUGUAAUGUACUAUGGUACUUUUCUAUUUAAACUUCUCUCAGUACUACUAAGACAGGCGUAGUUCAAAUUCAUAUACUUACGAAUUGAAUAGGAUUGAAUCCAAAUUUCUCCUGAUUUACCUCAACCUCUUUUCUUUCCUUCUAGAAACCCUUGUCUUAAUUCUUCCGACUGAUUUUCUAUAGCUAUUUUCUGAUUGAUCAACUUUCACAUUGAUAUAUUGAUCUUCUACAUUUUGAGGAAUUAAUGAAGUAAAGGAAUAAACUUUUUUUUACUUAUAUUUCAGUUCAAGAUAUCCUUCUAUUUUUUCAGCGAGGCGCCGUAACAAUUUUCUUCACCUCGGCUACUAUUAAUAUUUUAUAUAUUCAUCGAAAUUUUUUCAUAAUUUUAGUAGAGAUACAAAAAUAAAGUUGAUCACAUAAAAAAUUAUUGAUUUGUGUUGGGUUGAAAAACAAAAAAUGAAUCUACAUGAAAAUAAGUUUUACUUUUCGGCAUUUUUAAUAACGUAUUUGAUCAAUCUCUAAUAAAAUUAUACAUUAAGAGAAAUCCAGAAUUAAAUAAAUAUAAAUAGAUAAAUUAAGUGAAAAUCAUCUAUGUGUUUAGCACCGGGAUUUUUGAUUCCAUGCUACGCAGACAGAUCUAGUUGGUUACUUGGUAUUCUUUUUAGAAAAAAAAAAAAUAUAUAAUAUUUAAGCACAUAGAAUUUGUCUAGGACUGCAUUUGAUGUGGAGUCAGCGAAAUACCGACAUUUUUGUCAAUUAUUCGGUAUUUUUGUAUGACUGAUAGGCAGAAAAAAAGUUUUCGUAUACCAAUUGUAUUGGAAAAUCUAGAAAGGAGUUUGGUAUUAACUGACUCUCAUUUUUUAAAAUGGCUGUUGCAAAAGUAUAAAAUUUUACUAUAAAAUUGUUAAUGUUAAAUUUUUUAUUGAGUUCUAAUUUGAUACCAGUGAGUAUGUUUGCCAUAUAUGCGAUGAGAGAUCUUAUGAAAAUUCAAUGAAUACAUCCGCGGUUGAUGCCAAAGAUCUAAAUCGGUCCAGUUUUUUCAAAUCAUUACUUGAAAAUAAGCUAAAUUACUAAAAAGUCGCACUUUUUGCCAAGAGCAAUAAUAAUUGGAGAGUUAUGUUUUUAAGAAAACUUUUUUUUUAUUGUAAGUACUUCUUCUAUUGUUAAAUAUAGAAUAAACAAGAAGGCGGUAAUCUUGUUAUUUUUUUUAUCUCAAACAACUAACGAAAUAUCACAUAUUAUAGACAAAUCAUCAAUGGAGCAUGAAAAAACAAACCAAUACCUUUUUUUAAUAUGUUUUAUCGUAUAUUGAGUAAGAGAUAACAGAAAUAUGUUAAACAAAGUUUAUCAAAUUUUAGACAAAACAUCUUUCAAAGCAUCUAAGUCUGCUUGUUCAUAUAUCAAUUUUGACAUCUGGAUCACCAAGUUAAAUAAUACAUUCCAGAAACGCUUUUCUUUCAUACUCAUAAGCCUUUGAAUAGCGAAAAUAGCAGGUUAGCACUGCCUUUGAUUACUUUGGUUUUGAAAAUCCAUAAUUUUUAAAGAUGUAGCUUCUAUCCAGGAUCUUUUAUAUUAAGGUAUUUUUAGAUUUGACUCAAAUUAAGACUGGCAAAGAAUGUCGAUCUACGAUACGACUUGCCUAAUCUUAGCCAGAGGAUUCUAAAAUAUGUAUAAUUUUUUUCCUUUCCUUCAAAUCAGAAUUAGUCUGGAAAUAUUAUUGAAUUUUUUGGUUAGAUUCCGCUUUUCGACUAUUUAGCAUUCUCCCAAAUUUUUGCCACCUUUUCUGUAGUUAUGAUAAGUAGUAUUUGAUUCGCACUCAUCUCUUAUACGGCUUGUUUAUUUUCAGUGAAUUGAUGAUAGAAUUUUACCAGUAGUGCAUACAUAGAGAUUAUUGAAGAAGAGUAAAAGCAAUUUUCGAAAAUAGGAAUGAAUAAUACACCCUUAACAAAUAUUUGGAGCCGAUUUUUGUUCACACAACUUAGAUAGUAAAUUAAGAUUGGAUAAAUAAAUUCAAACAGAAUAAUCGAAGAUAAUUUUGAAAUAUAACCAUUAGAUUUCAACUGUUUCCGCUCUUGUCUCCAAUAAUAAUGAUCCUUGUUAGAUAGGAAAUCUAUUCUAGUUCCAUGAUUUUAUAUUCAUACUUCCACUUAUUGGUUAAAACUGUUGUUAAGCCUUCUUAUUUAAUUUAUAUCGUUUGUUACAAUUUUAGCUAUAUAAAUUUCUUAUGGUUGAAUUUUCUCCACGUAACUGCACUUUUUCAAACUAUUCCAAAUUAUUCUUAGUAACGUCGCAACGAAAUUAAUAAAAUCAAAUUAUUAUUUCCAAUACUUACAGUCAGGUCUGCACGAAAAUUAUUAUAUGAAAUUCAAGUUCGUGGAAAAACUACAAUCGUAAGUACCUACUUUGAGUUUGCCUCUCCGUCCAAAUGAAAUAAAUAAUUCCACGGAAAGUGUGGAUACUUUUUUGAGGCACUAAAAAGUGGUACAAUAAACUAAUUGAUAAUUGAAUUGAACAGAUUCAAAUAUAUAGAAAUGUUACAUUAUAUAAAUUUAUCUUUUAUGAAAUAUACUUAUCAAUCAGCCAAAGCAGUCAACUCUUUUAUAAAUGGAUCGAAUUUGAAUAAAAUAUUAUUGUCUUUUCCUUCAUUUAUGUACGUACAAUUUGAUUUUUUUAAUGAACGUGCGAACAGACCAAGUGGCACAUCAAUAACAAACAACGAACUAGAGAUGUCACUGCCAGUAACUUUUAGAUAACUAAUAUUAUAAUAUUACUGUAUUAUUUUUCAAAAAAUUUAUAUUAUCUUCAAUUUUGUGAAAACAGUUUUUUUAUUCCGUAACUAAUAUCCAGAUAUUAUUUUUCUUUCUCUAAUGUAUUGUCUUCAACUUUUUUGGAUUUGUCUCUUCGCUCAAACUUGAUUUGCUCUAAUGUUCAAUAGUCUACAGAUAUAUGGUAUCCACUAUAAUUUUCUCAAUUUUUUUUAUUACUAUUUAUUUAUACUGUUCGAGUUCGUUGUUCCCACUUUUAAUUUUAUCUGCAAAGAUACUUACAAAUAGAACUUCUACUCUUGAAAAACUUAUAUUCUCAUAUUCCUUCCAAGAUACUGAUUUUUUUUUCACAAUUCAGCACUUUACACAAUAUUGGGUUAUAUGUAUUUUUAUUUCAUGUUAACAUUUCUGUUAAUGGUAACUCUCAUUAAUAUUUUAAUGCUGCAGCUAUUGCAUUUCUUUCAUUAUUAAUUUUUUCGAUUAGUUUGUCUUCAUUUCAGGCUUUAUUUUUUCUGCAAUGUUAACAACUCUUGUAAUAUAAUCAAAUAUGUAAAAGCACUCAAAUUAUUCAUUCAAUUAUAUUAUGAGUAUUCGUUAUGAUUAUUUUAAUAACUUUCACGUUUGGUAUGAAAAAAAUACAGUGACAAUACUCUGGUAGCUUUUUUUCAAUAAUUAUGUAAAAUAAAUGUGUUUUUGUGAUUUUUCGCAACCAAAUCGGUACUGAUAACUUACGUAUAAAGAAAACAACUAUCGAGGCCGAUAUUAAAAAUUCGAAUUUCCUCCAUUUAUAUACUUAUUUAACGAAAUUUGGCAUUCCUAUGUAGAAUAACAAAAAAAAAAAUGAAAAGAACCUACUAAUAAAAGUUUGUUAACUGUAAGAUCUUGUAGUUUUUUGGAAAGUAGCUAAACAAAUAUUGGAACUGAUCUUGUAGCAAAUCAAUACUACAUAGAACACCAUAUUUUAGUUUAGAAUUUGUGCAAAAAAUGUCGACUGCCAAAAAAACUCACAUUGCGGGGUGAUUUUAUUAGUGUUUCUGAACUGUUCAAUGUUCAACGACACACCCUCUUCAUAUCAACAGAUGACUUCCUGUGUCGAUAUUUAUUUUUCUUUUAGAUUGUGAACCCGAAAAUGACCGAUUAAAAAGAUAUUUUUUACGAAGAGCCCAUCUUUGGAUUCCGUUUUUGCAAAUGAAAUGUGAACUAAUAUUCAAUUCUUGUGAUAUUGGAAAACCAGUAAAGUUUUGGUUAGAUGCUUAUAUAUGUUCAUUAGAAUAAUUUUAUUUAAAACCUACAUUGUUCAAUCAAACGAUCUGAUCUCUACUACAAUCUAUUAACGCUAAAAGUGAUAAGCUGAAACAUGUAUAUAAACAGUAAGUGGUAAAGUGAAUGGAUAGUUGUUUAUUGUGACAAAAAGUUACACUUAUUAUACGCUACAUAUUUAAUCUAUUAACUUAAUGAAUCAUUAUAGAUUGUAUUCAAACAUACGCAAGUAUUCAUAUUUCAUAAUUAUAUGAAACAUAACACUGUUACCGUGUAAAAUAAACCGGAGACCGAUUCAAAUUCGACUAAUUUUUACUUUAUUGAUGACCAGAUUUCUCAUUAAGUUGAAAUAUGUUGAACCUAACCAAAUAUUUCUUCCUCAAUUAAUAUUUUCUAUAUAUUUUUCUCAUGAAAUCCUCAUAAGUGAGACAAACAUCUCAGGGCGGUGUGGCGGAAAUACUGCAGCUAAGCAGAGGAAAGAGAAGUUAGUUAGCUAUCACAUAUACAAACAUCGGCAGAGCCGUUGACUUAAACUGCUAGGAAUAGAGGAGCAAUUGUGGAAGAGCUUGCUUUAAAGCCAGCUAUUUUGGAAUGUCUCCAUGGGCUAGGGCAAGGGUGACAAAGGAGAUGGUAAAGUAGUGAUUACUUAGGUAAUUGGGAUCGACAAGGCCGCCUCAUUUGUAUUUUGGUGUAUCUAUUUUCAUUUGUAAUUAUCUGAUUAUGCUAUAUUAUCUCUAUUAAGAUAUGUUUCACUUCCAUAUUCCAUUCGAUAUCACAUUAUGCUGCCACUAUAUCAAAACUUAAUGUUAGGUAUUUCGUGUUUUAUCUUUCAUUCAAUAUGGGUCAUAUUUCUGGUGUUCCAUAUCUCAUUACUACACGAUAUUAAUGACUACAUUUCAACAUUUCUAUAUCUACUUUAUACUCUAAUCAAUUCUUUCUUCUGAGGAUUUAAACAUUAUGAACUUUGCAUUCCAGAAGUAAAUAGUCCAAAAUUUUUUUCAGCAUUUUACUAGAACUCUCAGAAGUAAUCACAAUAAUCAUUUUUUUUUAAGUUAUCGUAUAGUUAUUUCAAAGAUUCCAUGACGCCAUAAUGUUUAAAAUAGUCAAAAUAUCUUCAUCGAAAAAAUUUCUUGUCAGUUUUCUAUAACAAAUCAAAAGUUUCAUAUAUUUUCCUUGAUUUGUAUUGCGCUUGAAAUAAUCUGUACAAGGAAAUUCCAGUUUAAAUUUAAAUAAUAAAUAUAACAUUAUGAACUUUGAACAAUUAUAUUUACCCGAGGUUUUUUAAUGAAUUCAUCAUCGUCAAUAUAUUCAUAAGCGAAUUAUGUUUCCUCAUUCUUCAUUAGCAUGAGAUGUAACUCAUAUUCAGCCGUGUUGUUUAAUAAGAAUAUACACACCAAACUUAUAAAAAAUCAUCUAUUAUUUUUCAAUACAUACAAAAUAUCAAAUACUUUUAAUAACAACGGAAUUGAACUUAAUGGUAUUUUUUCGUUUGUCAAUCAGUAUGAUUAGUAAAAAAUAAUAUACAUUUAUUGAGUAAAGUUAUAAUGAAAAUUAGUAUAUUCUUCUGAUAACGCAUUUUAUUGGGAUAUAUUCUUCUAUUUAACUUAUGCUGUCUGGAUGAACUUUGUCAUAUUAACUGGAUUAUUUUGGGAUAAAUCUAGCAUCCUUGAGUCUAGUUUGACUCCUUGGAACCUGAAGAGCACGAAUUUGACCCUAAUUUAAUCUGAAGAAAUGUUUUAUAAAUUUUUAUUGAAUUGUCCAAAUGUUGGUGUUGAAACAAGUUGCCUGGAUAACUUAAGAAGAAAUUCAACUGAAUUUUGCUAUUAAAAACAAUAUGUAGAAUAUAAGCGAGCUCAAAAUUGUACAGUUAUUUUUAUUUAUAAUGCAAAAACUUUGUAUUCGCCGAAUUUAUCAAGUUUCUCUUACGCAUAAUAAUAUUGUAAUACAAACAAUUUCAUCGUAGGUUUCUAAGAGAAAACAGUGUAAUUGUCUCAGUAUAAUAUCAGUCUCGAAAUCGUCUAUGGAAAAAUAUUAUUUAUUUAGAUUGGAAUUUUAAUUUGAAUGAAUGGAAAUUAACAAAAUAUCCACUACUAUGAACUGAAAUCUCUUUUCAUCGUACUUUCUGUAUGCUCCUUUCAAUGAUUUCUGUUCACAAUUUAAAAUAUGGAAAUCAUUAUUAUUAUAUUUGGAUGCUUCGAUUUGUGAACAAAAUGAAAUAUAAAUGAAAAUGUAUCUAUUAUCAAUUGGUAAUUAUUGUAAAAAACUGAUAACAAAAGUGCUGAGUGUCGGAAUCUUAUUUUCGUCGAAAGAUUUUAGUAAAGAUCAGCCGUUUAUGGAGACGAACCUAUCCACAUUUGCUAUUUUAUUGCAAACUUUAUUCUUAUUUAUGAGGUAAAAAAACGAAUCAACUUAAAAUGUUUUUAGCAAAUAAUUACGUUAUGGGAAAACAUUUCUUCACGAUUACAGUAAGCUUUUUAAGGGAAUAUUUAAGUUGAUACGUUUUCCGGAAACACCUUGUAUUGUGAAAAGAAAACUAGCUGAUAUUGUACACGAGUAUCGCAUUAUUACUAUAAUAAUUUGAAUCAGGGUAAAUUUAUAUUAUUCUAUUAGUUGAAUUAAAAAUAAAGUUAACUUGAAAAUGUGAAACAUGUGCAAUAAUAAUGCUAAUUUUCUUGUUGUUUAGUUUAUCCAAAUUAUAUAAUAUGGGAAUAUAUCAGAGUUUAAUCUAAACUAAGCACAUUUUCAUUUUGGCACGUAACAAAUGUUGUUUUAUAAUAUACCUAUCAUCAGUCAUUAUCACCUCAAUGUUAUUUCAUAAGGUGCUUGAAACGUAAUUAUUUGUGCUUUAAAUACGAAUGAAAAUUGAAAUAUUCCCCAGCAGUACCAAAUAAAAAAAAAUGUAGUUUAUGUUAUGAACAACUGUAUUCACAAAUUGUUAAAUAAAACUGUCAGGUCCAUGAUUUUAUAAUUAGGAAAGUUGUGAAAUUGUUUGUGUGCAUAAAUUUUAGUACCAAAAUCAAAAAAUAUAUUAUUACAAUAUGGUAAAUAAUUGGAGGCGAUUCUAAUUGAAGAAUCGUCUGCAAUAAUAAGAUUGUCGCUAGUGGUGUUGUCUACUAGCCGUGUUCGUUAGAUACAUCUGCAAAAGCUAUGAAAUAUGAAAUGAUUGGACAUUCUAGAAACCAUCUUCAGUUUAUUAAGGAAAGAUCAUUUUGAGAAAUAUAUUAAUUAUUAAAAACAUUAAUGCUAGGAAAAUGAUAAUUUUUUGGUGACGUAUAAAUACGAAUAUUAAUAUCAUCAAAUUUUUGUUUGGUCUUGGUGAUUUCAAAUAUCAUACGAUAAUUAAUAGUUGUUAUCUAAUCUUAGCUAACCUUAGGUACUUUUUCCGUUAUAUAAUAAAGUGUUUAUUAUGAUAAACUUUUUUUUCUCCAAAAUAAAUGAUAAAUUGAUAAAUAAAUAGUCUUUCGUAUCAAUUUCGUUACUGUAAUCUAUAAUCUUGUUUUCAUUAUUUUAAUAUUAUAUUUUUAUCAUUUGGAUCUUAGUGGGCCUAUUCUACUUCAGAGAUCUAGUCUUAUGCCGAAUUAUUUUAGUGGUACGAUACUGAAGCAAGGUAUAUGUCUACAACGUAACCUAAGACAUUUUAUAUAACAUACUGACGUUACAAUUAUUCGUAUCCCCUUUUAAAUUCACUCUUGUCAUAUUUUUUUCUGCAAUGGAAGAAUAUUGAUAAAUAUCGUUACAGAAAAUGAUUAAAAAAUUAACGAGGAGAAAUAAAUACUUGCACGAUGGCUAUCCCAGAACGAAAUGGAAAAAUUAUUAGAGAAAAAGCAGUUAGAAAGCAAGGAUACAAACGCAGAGGAAGAUAUAAUAGAGAAAGAAGAUAUUGUAGGACAAAGAUUUAACUACAAAAAAGAUCACGAGGAAAAUGAGAAAGUAAGAAAAAAAGAUGGGUGAACAAGGGCUAUUGCAAAUAUAAGCAUAUAAACAAAGCUUUGGAAGGAAUUAAUUUGAUAAGAAUAGUGAUGAAAGUAUACGAAAAGAUAAUAGAAAACAGGUUGAUGUGCAUCGUAGAGCCAAUUCACAGAGAGGGUAUAAAAAGGCCAAAGUAUAAAAGACCACAUUUGGAGAAGGCGUUCGUUAGGUAAGAGUAAAGGUAUAGAAAAGCUUACAGCAGAGAAAUGUGAAUAACAAACUAAUAAGAAUGCGUUAUAGGUAAAACAGAAGGUCAGACGCAUUCAUAAUAAAGGAAGGAUUAAGACAAGGAGGGGGAUUAAGCCCAUUGCUGUUUGUCGUAUUUAUGGACGAUAUAAUUAAGCGAUGCAAAGAAAAAACAAAAAGCAAUGUAUGUGGGGCAUAGAUAUUCAGAAAGAGUAGAAAUUUCAGAUUGUACAUUUGCUGAUAAUAUAGCAUUAAUUGCGGUGACUGAAAAAUAAUUACAUCAAAACUUAUUUAUAUGGAACGAAAUACUAGAAGAAAUGGAAUGAAAAUCAAUAGAAAUAAAACCGAGGUAAGGACAAUGAACAACGGAGAAGAACAAGUAAACUGCAAUAUUUAGGAGUUGAACUAGAAAUAGAUGAUAACUUAGAAACGGGAAUAAAUAGAAGAAUUAAAAAUACCAACAAAGUAUACUAUGCUCUGGUCUAUGGAUAAAUAAGAAAGAAGUAUUGAUGAGAAAAACCAAAACGGAAGUAUUUCGAACUAUAUUUAGGCCCAUACUUACUAGCAUAUGGCUGCGAAUCAUGUGUGCUGAAUCAGCAACAAAAAUGUAAGAUACAAGCUACAGAGAUGAAAUAUUUAAGAAGUUUAAAAGAAUUGACAAAAAAGAUAGAAUUAGAAAUAACAGUAUUAUAGAAAAGCUGCAUAUCUUUCAAGUAGUCAGUAAUACGAUAGGGAAAUGAUAUAUUUAAAAAACAAGAAUACAAAGACUAAAUAAAUAAUCUCCUCAACCAAUCGUUUCGCCUAGGAAAACACCAGCCAGACAUCAAAAGUAUAGAAUUAUUAGUGGCGAGAUGUAUGUUUAGAAUGUCAUUGUCAGCAGCAACUGAAUGGACAGGUUUCAGUUGCGUAUUUCGCCAAUUUUUCCUACAAAGUUUUAUUUUAUUAGAAUCUCUACUAAAAAUAUAACAAUUUUUUGUAAAACAACUUGCGCUUCUUUUCCAUUAGUACUAGUCAGUACUAGUACUGACUAUCAACUCCAAAAUCGCUAUCAAAUAAUUCCACCACCGACUGCAUUUUGGUAGUACCUUAAUGUAGAACAAAUAUAGUUUUCACCAAUUCGUAAGACCAAAUGAGUUUUCAAACAAAUCACUGUUUCAAAUUGACUCGGAGUCCAAAAUGUUGAGGUUGGUGAAAAAAAAAAUUCAAACAAACAAAAGAACACUACUGACGGUACAGCUACGUACAGCUAAGUUCAGAAUUUCAUUGAUUAGAUUCCUAAUGACUGAAGGUGAAUCUACCUAGAUCUAAAUUCAAUCGAGGGUAUCAUUAAAGUAAGGAAAAAUAUUGGCUAGCCCAAGACAGAUAGUUUAAUAAUAAAAUAAUUAAUAAUAUAAUAAUUAAUCGUCGCAUUAAAAUGUUUUCAUACCAAUAGUUCAUAGGGUUAUUCGUGCGCAUUGGCAUACAUUGUACGUACAAGUUGAUAAUUUUUGAGGUAUAAUAAAUAAAUACUUGUCCAUCUACUAGGAGACUAGGCUAGCAGCAAGUCCAACUUUGACAAUGUAGUUUAGGAACUUACCUUCGACAACCAACUUCUGAAUGUUCUUAUGAAACUUAGGAACCGUGUGCUCACAAAUGAAUUGAAUGAUAAAUCAAGCCGGAAUUAGUAAUAUUUGUUGUUUUUGUUAUUUAAAGUUUGGUCAGGGGCUUAUAAUAUAUUUACCAUUCAUUGCCAUUAUUAAUAGGAUAAUCAUAAGGUGUUGAAUAAAUUCAAAACAUUAGGUUGGUUUGCCUAAUUAGUAAACUAUAAUCAAUUUUAUAAAAGUGUUGAACUCUGCUGGUUAUAAAUCUAACAACAGAAAAAGUAGAGAUGAAUGGCAGUGUUUACAAACUUUAAAAUAAUAACAGAAAAGUGGAUAGUAAUUAAAGCUAUAAACUACGUCUUAAAUAUAGAACAAGAUAUUUAAAAGCAUGUGGACAAUACUUAAUUCAAUAUUGUAGGUUUUAAUCAUAAAUCAGGAAAAUAUAGGUAUUUCUAGAAUGUCCUCUUAAUAAUAUCCAUGUAAAUUUUCAAACGUUUCCAUAAAGACGUAACCAAUCACAUUUCUCAUAUUUUUAAAACGCGAUAUAAAUACAUCAGAUUUUCAAUUUAAAAUAACAAAUAUUUACCACUAUCUAAGGAAAAUGUGUCGGACUGUCUCAAUAUUUCAUUUUAACAAACGUCUUAUGUGCAACAUAUAAUAUUAUUAGUUUAAAAUAAAUGUAUGAUACUUUUGUGAUCAUCUCAACAGUAUUAUAUUAGAUAAUAUUAGCUGUAUUGAUUUUGUUGAAUGUGGCUCAAUGAAGAAAUAUAUGUGAAUUGCCUUCAACAAUGCAAAAUGGAGCAUAAAAUGUUUCAUUCCAGAUAUGAACUGAUUACAGCUAAAUUGAAUUCAACUAUUAACCAUUUACAUCCGUGUUUUAGAAUAAAAUUUAAACGGACCUGUAUAUAAUUAUCGCGUUUUAUUUUUUCUAAAAUACAUACAUACAUACAUACAUACAUACAUAUAUAUAUAUAUAUAUAUAUAUAUAUAUAUAUAUAUAUAUAUAUAUAUAUAUAUAUUAUGGUGUUUAACUUCCCGAAUACUGUCUAAUUAUUACCUAAGGAAAGGUCUAAAUAAAGUCAUAAAUGGAUAAAAUUAAAAGAAUAAUUUAUCGAAAAUCAUAAUAUAUUCUUUUAUUACUUAGUUUAUUUUCAAUAUAUUACUAAAAACAUUAGUAUAACUCGCUUUAAUGAAAUAUUCUUGCAAAAUUAUUUUUGUCUAGAUAAUGAAUACGUAUACAAGCUGCAAAAUAGUUUUACCACCAAAUUUUGUUAGUUACUGUUAUAUUAUUUUUCACAAACUAUUGAAUAAGUUUUAAAUAAUAUACUAUAAAAUAAAUGCAAUGUAGAGUGAAUUGAAGAAUUAUGAAUCAAACACUGAAAUUGUAUUUGAAAAUUAAAUAUUACGAACAAGGUUCCUUUGCCUUUUGCUCCAAUAUUGAAUACUAUAAUUAACAGUUACAUAAUUUGUGAUUAGUACCAUUAUUGCCAUAUUUCAUUUCUUCUUAAUUAUUAAAAAAAAAAGGAUUUUCGGUAAACUAACUUUUAAAAAUAUGUAAAGUCUCAUUUACAUAUAUACAAAUAUAAAAUCUGCUUUGCAUUGUUGUAAUUGUUAAAAAGUUAAAAAUAUAUACUUAUUGUUGCUAGUGUUAGCAUUGUUGUUGUUAUAUUAAAUAAUAGUAUAAAUAUAUUUUUAUUUAAUUUAGAUGAAAUGUGAUUUUUCAUACAUAGUAUAGAAAGCUCAAGUGAAUUUUGACAGUUAAGAUCUGUACACAUUGGAUCUGCACAAAAUAGUUAGUAGGUUUUAAUAUUUAUAUACGAAGCCUAAAAGGGAUCUUCUCUAGAGAGCAGUGACAAAACAAUGUAAGAUAGCUUUCUUCAAACAAAAAGGCAAGAAAAUAGAUCAGUACUAAAAAGAACAUGGAUUUAUGAAAUAAUUACAGCCAAUAGUGGGCCAAGUUUAGAAAUUGAAUACAAACUUAAAUAAUAAUAAAUGUAGUGCUUCAAACUCAUUUGAUGUUAAAGAACUAUUCGAAAAUAGGUUGCAAUUUUAUUAAAGAACAUUUAUAUGAUAUAAGAAUAAAUGAGGUACUGAAAAAAUUAAGUAGUACAAAAUAUAUCUAGAAAAUGAGGCCUAUCAAAGCGAAACUUGUAACAUUCAUUUUAGGUAAUUUUGCACAAAAAAGCUAAAAACCUCAACUACGUUUAUUUUUUCAGUUUCUAUUAUGACAAAUUAAUACCUCUAUCAUUAAAAAAUAAAGUUAUGCAGUAAUUGGGUGGAAUAAGGCAAGUUUUGCAAUAGGAAAAAGCUAAGCGUUUAUUUAAAAAUACAGUAUAAAGUAUAUAUAAAAUCGUAUUUUUGUAUUAAUAACCUCUUCUAGUUCUGGCGUUUUUGGUUCACAAAAGUCUUCUUCGAGUUCGUCGAUAGUGUCUUGAGAGCUCCAGCUUGACUGAUGCCUGACAUGAACGUUUUUGAAAACAAAUUUUCUCUCCUCUGUCAUUUCUCAACAUCAGCUAGCUUUGUUGCUUUUACUGGAACGCCCAUUGGAAUGAUCUAAUCAGAAAAAUUCGCUUUUUGCUACUUUUUGAAAGAGGUCAGGGUAUUUAGGUAUUUGGAUUAUAAUUGUUAUACUUAUACUUCGUAGAUAUGAAACUCUUGACUAGUGAGAACUCAAGAGGUCAACAACGGGUUUAAAAAACUCUCUACCACUCGAUUUCCAAUCCAUCACUGGACAGUCAUUCUGAAGCAAUACCUUAUUUUUCAAGAAUGUCCAAAUAAGUUUUGGGAUCAGUGAUCGUUGGCUACUUUUUCAAUAUCUUUUCGAUCGAAGAUAGAAACGAACAAAGUCUUAUUAUUGACUAUAAAGAGAUAUCAGUUUUCGAAUACAUACACUGCUGACGCAAUUUCGUUUCGUCAGCGGUGAGUUACGCCAGCCGCUACGGAUUAUUCCUCUUGGUCAGGCAGAUAACGCGUGUUAUGCUUUGGUAGUACGCUUAGAUAGAUAUAGAUAUAUCCCAUUUAAUUUUAUAUCCCAUGUAUCCCAUAUAAUGUAGCUACGCUUUAACUUUACCGAAUGCUGCGAGGCAAACUAAGUCGAAUAAUAUAAUAUCUAAAUCUAUUUCCGUAAAAUGUGGAAAAGGCAAGUUUUGCUUUGAUAAGCCUCGAAUAGAGAGUUUGAGAAUGAGCUUCAUGGAUUGUUUGGCAUGAUUAGAUUCUGUCAUUCUUUUAUUCAAGAUCGCUUGUGGUUAGUAACUUUUGAAAUAGUUUGAUAUUGGUUUUGAAAUGGACAUGAUUGGAUUAAAGUGCACUCGACAAAUUUAGACAGUUACUUCUUAAAAGGCAGAUAUAUGUAAAGUAUUCUUUAACAAUCUUGUGCAAGGCUCCUCUGAAACUCGUAAGACAAAAGAAUGGAAAAACUUAGAUUUUGUGAGUGGAUAAGCAUGAGAUUCUUAGCCUGUCUUGGGUAGUAUGUUAUUAACAGCAAGCUUACAUAAAGUAUUUAAACGGCUGAUGUUUAUUCUUUAGCCUCGCCUCACUUGUUUGGCAUCACAUUAUCUACUUGCUAGAUCCGAAUUACAUAAUGGCUCAUUCAAUUACCUAGUUGUUCUUUUUCUCCAUCCGUCCUCUACUCUUUUCGUCGUUAAUUGCUUUCGAAAUUGGUCAUCUUCAACUUUCUAUCUGUGCAUUUUAUUGAUACAUCGUCAAACAAAACUCUAUAGUAAUGAAAUUAUGUAUUUGUCGAUAAUUUUGUGUAAAUUCUUAAUCUCAAACUCGACAUUAUAACUACUAUAGUACUUACCAUGAAGUACAAAGACAAAAAAUAUUUCUUGCAUUAAUUGUUGAUAUUGACUUGAAUUUUAUAUAAUUACUUAAUUCAUUCAAUUGUAUCCAAAUAAUUAUUUCUUCGGCUGUUCUAAUUUGCUCUUUUUGUUUGAUUCAAUCUUCUGUUUUGUCAAUAUCCAAUUAGGAUUAUUAAACUAUUUUGUGUUAAAUACUUUCAAUAUGUCUGCAGGUCAGACCAACAUCUUUCCGUUUGUUGUGUGUAAACUUGUAAAUGACUGAGUGCAUAAAAAAUAAAACAUUUUAUACAAUAUGAUGUUAUUGUUAGUGUAUAUAAAAAGUAGCGAUAGAAAUUAUUAAAAUACUCGACUGGUACGCCAGGUUUUUUUAUAAAGCCUUUUUGUCUGUAUAUAGGCGAGCGCGACUUUGUAUUUUGAUAAAUACGAUCGAAUGAAAAUAGUUUCAAAAAGUUGGAAAAAAGAUAUUAGUACAAUUUAGACUUAUAAGUGUAAGGUUUUAAAAGUAUUUCAUUUUAAAAAAAUAACUGACUAGACUUUUUUCAUUCGAUAUGAUUUCACAAAAAUAAAUUCGUGUGGUAAAUAUUUGUUUAUAACAUAAUAUCUUGAAUUUGAACUAUAGUUUCCAAUAAUUAAUCAUUAUUUUUUAUUUUUUUUUUUUUUUUAAUUAGGAACACAUCGAAAUAUAGUUGAAUUACAAAUAACGUGGCAAAUGACUAAGAAAAACCCGCCAAUGAGUAAAGGAAAAUUCGAGUCGAAUUAUCCAAAUAAAUCUAUACUUUUUUAUGGAAACGUCAAACGUAUAGCGAUUAAGUUUGCAGGAAUUUAAUAUAAACCUAAUGUAUAAGUCACCAAAAUAUUGAUUUAAGGUUGAAAGUUUUUUUUUAUUAGUGAAAAGUAUUAUAAUAUUGAAAACGAUGAAAUAAAUAAUUCAAACUA